GCAUUAAAGCCAAUAAAUCAAAGACUAUACUGCAACAUCUUAGUGAAGCAUGGCGAUGUUGGAAGGCUAAUGUACCAUGGCACAUUGUUGGAAUGCCAAAACCAAUAGAAAACAUGAUUCUCAGAUAUGUGAAAAGUAAAGCUGAUUGGUGGACUAGCGUCGCUCAUUACAACAGAGAAAGAAUCCGACGUGGUGCCACAGUCGACAAAACUGUAUGUAAAAAGAAUCUUGGGCGAUUGACUCGAUUAUGGCUCAAAGCUGAACAAGAGCGACAACAUAACUAUCUCAAAGAUGGCCCAUAUAUCACUGCCGAAGAAGCUGUCGCUAUUUACACGUCAACAGUACAUUGGUUAGAGAGUCGUAAAUUCUCACCAAUCCCAUUUCCUCCUUUAUCGUACAAGCAUGAUACAAAGCUUUUGAUUUUAGCAUUGGAAAGAUUGAAGGAGGCGUAUAGCGUCAAGGGUAGAUUGAAUCAAAGUCAACGUGAAGAAUUGGGCUUAAUUGAACAAGCAUACGACAACCCGCAUGAAGCAUUAAGUAGAAUUAAACGUUUGUUGUUGACACAACGUGCAUUCAAAGAAGUAGGAAUCGAAUUUAUGGAUUUAUACUCCCACCUCAUUCCCGUCUUUGAUGUUGAGCCACUGGAGAAAAUUACAGACGCAUACUUGGAUCAAUAUCUCUGGUACGAAGGUACAAAGAGGAAUCUGUUUCCAGCAUGGAUUAAGCCCUCAGACACAGAACCACCGCCGUUGCUUGUUUACAAAUUCUGUCAGGGUGUCAACAAUCUAACUGAUGUAUGGGAAACGUCCGACGGUUCCUGCAAUGUCAUGUUAGAAACCCAAUUUAGUAAAGUAUACGAAAAGAUCGAUCUAACGCUGCUAAACAGAUUGUUGAGAUUAAUUUUAGACCAUAAUCUUGCCGAUUAUAUGACGGCCAAGAACAACGUCGUAUUAAAUUACAAAGAUAUGAACCACGUGAACGCUUAUGGACUUAUUCGAGGACUACAGUUUGCUAGUUUUAUAUUCCAGUAUUAUGGUCUCAUUCUCGAUUUGCUGGUGCUUGGGUUACAACGCGCAUCGGAAAUGGCCGGACCUCCUCAAAUGCCGAACGAUUUCUUACAAUUUCGCGACAUAGUCACCGAGACACGUCAUCCGAUUAGAUUGUACUGUAGAUAUAUCGACAAAAUUCAUAUAUUUUUCCGAUUUACGGCGGAUGAAGCAAGAGAUCUCAUACAACGUUUCCUAACCGAGCAUCCUGAUCCUAAUUCUGAGAAUCUUGUUGGAUACAAUAAUAAAAAAUGUUGGCCACGAGAUUGUAGGAUGCGCCUUAUGAAACACGACGUAAAUCUCGGUCGAGCUGUGUUUUGGGAUAUCAAGAAUCGUUUACCACGUUCACUUACUACGAUUGAGUGGGAAGAUAGUUUCGUAAGCGUGUAUUCGAAAGACAAUCCCAACUUAUUGUUUGAUAUGUGUGGGUUUGAAGUACGUAUCCUUCCGCGAAUCCGGGCUAUCAACGAAGAAUUUACUCUCAAAGAUGGCGUUUGGAAUCUCAUCAACGAGCAGACGAAAGAACGUACUGCACAAGCGUUUUUGCGUGUUGACGAAGAAUCCAUGCAGAAAUUCCACAAUCGCGUACGUCAGAUUUUGAUGGCCAGUGGUAGCACUACAUUCUCCAAGAUAUCGAACAAAUGGAAUACGUGUUUGAUCGGUCUUAUGUCAUACUUCCGUGAGGCAGUAGUGCAUACGCGUGAACUAUUAGACAUUAUUGUUAAAGCAGAAAACAAAAUUCAAACAAGAAUCAAAAUUGGCCUCAACUCCAAAAUGCCUUCGCGUUUCCCGCCAGUUGUGUUUUACUGUCCCAAGGAGCUUGGCGGUUUGGGCAUGUUGUCCAUGGGUCAUGUGCUGAUUCCGCAAUCCGAUCUUCGUUGGUCAAAGCAGACAGAAACUGGAAUCACUCAUUUCCGUUCUGGUAUGAGCCAUGAAGAAGACCAGUUAAUCCCUAAUUUGUAUCGAUACUUGCAACCGUGGGAAUCCGAGUUUAUUGAUUCACAGCGAGUGUGGGCAGAAUAUGCACUUAAACGUGAGGAGGCCAAUGCUCAAAAUCGUAGGUUAACACUGGAAGAUUUGGAGGAUUCAUGGGAUCGGGGUCUACCAAGAAUCAAUACUCUGUUUUCGAAAGACAGACAUACUCUUGCAUACGAUAAGGGCUGGCGUGUUCGAACAGAAUUUAAACAAUACCAAAUUCUCAAAAAUAAUCCGUUUGCAUGGACAUCAGCCGCUCACGAUGGUAAAUUGUGGUCAUUGAACAACUAUCGAACUGAUAUGAUUCAAGCGCUCGGAGGAGUCGAGGGUAUUCUUGAACAUACUCUUUUCAAGGGAACUUACUUCUCUACGUGGGAGGGUCUAUUCUGGGAGAAAGCCAGUGGCUUUGAAGAGUCUAUGAGAUACAAGAAACUGACCAAUGCGCAGCGGUCUGGUUUGAACCAGAUUCCAAAUCGUCGAUUUACGCUCUGGUGGUCACCCACUAUUAAUCGUGCCAACGUGUAUGUAGGAUUCCAAGUCCAACUUGAUUUGACGGGUAUAUUUAUGCACGGAAAGAUUCCAACGCUCAAGAUUUCGUUAAUUCAGAUAUUCAGAGCACAUUUAUGGCAAAAAAUUCAUGAAUCCAUUGUAAUGGAUAUGUGUCAAGUAUUUGACAGUGAGUUGGAAAGCUUGCAGAUCGAAACCGUGCAAAAAGAAACAAUUCAUCCACGUAAAUCAUACAAGAUGAACUCAUCUUGUGCCGACAUAUUAUUGUUUGCUGCUUAUAAAUGGAAUGUUUCGAAACCCUCUUUACUCAACGACACUAAAGACACGAUGGACGGCACCACAACAGCCCGCUGGUUUGUUGACGUUCAGCUGAGAUGGGGAGAUUUCGACUCGCACGAUAUUGAGCGAUACACUAGGGCAAAGUUCUUGGAUUAUACCACAGACAACAUGAGUAUUUAUCCUUCACCAUUUGGUAUAAUGAUCGGUAUAGAUCUAGCAUAUAACCUGCAUAGUGCUUACGGACAUUGGAUACCCGGCAUGAAACCUCUCAUCCAAUCCGCUAUGGCUAAGAUUAUGAAAGCCAACCCAGCCUUAUAUGUUCUUCGCGAGCGUAUUCGAAAGGGUCUGCAGUUAUAUUCUUCGGAACCGACUGAACCUUACCUAUCAUCACAAAACUACUCUGAAUUGUUUUCGAACCAAAUUAUCUGGUUCGUUGAUGACACAAACGUAUAUCGAGUAACAAUUCAUAAGACGUUUGAAGGGAAUUUGACCACGAAACCAAUUAAUGGAGCCAUCUUUAUCUUCAACCCACGUACUGGUCAGCUUUUCCUCAAGAUUAUCCACACGUCCGUAUGGGCUGGCCAGAAACGUCUUGGUCAAUUGGCCAAAUGGAAAACAGCUGAAGAAGUUGCAGCCUUAAUCCGAUCUUUGCCCAUUGAAGAACAGCCUAAACAGAUUAUUGUGACGAGAAAGGGAAUGUUGGAUCCAUUAGAAGUGCAUUGUCUUGAUUUCCCCAACAUAGUGAUAAAAGGGAGCGAGCUUCAAUUACCAUUCCAAGCUUGUUUGAAACUUGAGAAAUUCGGAGAUCUGAUUCUGAAAGCUACCGAACCCCAAAUGUGCCUGUUCAACUUGUUCGACGACUGGCUAAAGACUAUUUCACCCUAUACCGCAUUUUCUCGACUUAUUCUUAUACUACGUGCGUUACACGUAAACACGGACAAGACUAAGAUGAUUUUGCGUCCAGAUAAGAACACCAUUACCGAGCCGCAUCAUAUCUGGCCUACUUUGACCGAUGAGGAAUGGAUAAAGGUUGAAGUAGCUCUCAAGGACCUAAUUCUGGCAGAUUAUGGCAAAAAGAAUAAUGUUAAUGUCGCAUCUCUCACACAAUCCGAAAUCCGUGAUAUUAUCCUUGGUAUGGAGAUUUCCGCCCCCUCCUUACAGAGACAACAAAUUGCAGAAAUUGAAAAGCAGACGAAGGAGCAAUCUCAGCUGACUGCCGUGACCACAAAGACACAAAAUAUCCGCGGCGAUGAAAUGAUUGUUACAACAACUAGCAAUUACGAAACGCAGACAUUCUCGUCAAAGACUGAAUGGCGUGUCCGAGCAAUAUCGUCCACUAAUCUUCAUCUUCGCACGAACCACAUAUAUGUUAAUGCAGAUGACAUAAGAGACACGGGAUAUACGUUUGUGUUGCCAAAGAAUGUGCUGAAACGCUUUAUUCAAAUUGCAGAUCUAAGAACACAAAUUGCGGCAUAUCUAUACGGCGUGUCGCCUAAAGACAAUGCGCAAGUGAAAGAGAUCCGUGCGCUUGUCAUUGUUCCGCAAUACGGCACUCAUCAAACGGUCAAUCUACCAAAUGCACUACCUGAUCACGAAUUUCUCAAAGACUUGGAGCCGCUUGGUCUUAUUGUUACCCAACCAUUUGAAACAGCACAAUUGUCUGCUACAAUACUUUCUCUACACGCUAGAAUCGUUGCAGAGAACAAAUCUUGGGAUGGCGAUAAAACGAUUACAAUGACUGUCAGUUUCACGCCAGGUUCAUGUUCACUGACAGCCUACAAGCUCACACCUGCAGGCUUUGAAUGGGCGCGCAAUAAUAAGGAUACUUCUCCUAAUCCACCUGGUUAUCUCCCGACAUUUGCCGAAAAAGUUCAAAUGCUAUUAUCUGAUCGGUUUAUGGGCUUUUUCAUGGUUCCCGAAAAUGGCGUUUGGAAUUACUCGUUUAUGGGUCCAUCGCAUAGCGCAAACAUGAAAUACACACUGAAACUCGACGUUCCGAAUGACUUUUACCAUGAGCUUCACAGACCCCAACAUUUCCUCAACUUUAGUGCAAUGGAGGAUGACGUUGAAGCUGAUCGCGAAGACGUGUUUGCAUAG